UGACAACAAUCCCUAGGUGAACUUACAGAUUUGACCAUACCUCGAAUGAGAAGUACAGGACUCAUUUUGUGAAGGAGCCUCCUAUCUCGGGCUAUCCCAAGAUGACAACUCAUAAGUUGAGACCAAAUCUUCCAAAAUAAUGGCUAUGAGAACUAUAUACUCAGCCUCAAGGAUGUUCCUAGUAAGAAGGAAAUUGAGAGGCAGAGAAGGGUUAUUAAAGCUAGGCAGAAGAAAAUGUCAGCUUUUGGCCCAUUCAACAUGAAUUUUUCACAGAAUUCUGUUCAUCCAGGAACUCCAGUAGCAACGGCUUACUCACAAACUGGGAUGAAUUCCACAACUAAAGAAGGAGUGAAGCAAAAUACAUCGAGUAUGUUCUAUCAGAGUUGGAAAAAGAAGAAGCAGAAAGAACCUGAACUAGAAUGCAAAGAGGAUACUAGGGUCCCUUGCCAAGUUCAUCCUGGACACAGAAAGGUUCCUCUAGACCAGAAAAACCCUUAUAUCACUCAGGGGAGGAAAAGGCCUCUGACCAAUCUCUCUCCUUAUUUGAAGGAGACCAGGCAUAUUAGCGAUCAAGAAGAAGAAAAGAUUCUAGAAAUCCUUACAAGUUUUGGAAGGAAGACCCAAACAUGGAAUAAUUAUGAAGAAGAGAGAUUCAGAAGAUUCCUUGAGAUUCAAGACCCUGAGUUUAGGACUAAGUUACUCUAUUGUAUGAGAGAGCAUGUCCAAGAGACUAACUUGGCAGAUUCGUUCUUUGUGAGGUUCAGAGAUACCUUUGUUGAGAGAAAGAGAUCAAGAAGUCAGGUAAUAAAGAGACCAAAAACCCAGAAAGAGAAAAAUAAAGAUGCUAGAGAUAAAGUGAUGAGUAGAUUUUUACAGUUUGAGCGUGAUAAUUUUGGUAACAUACCAAGAGAAGAGACAAAAGAUGAUAAUUCUGACCACAAGACAGAAGGAAACUCAAAGAAAAUCUCUACCGCUAGAGAACCAGAAUGUAAAUCUUCUAUCUCUCAAUCCCAAGCCUCCACUAAGCCCAUCAAGCCUGCUACCAAAGGUGUAACCAUCAUCUCCCCAUAGUAACUGCCAAAAAUUCAUAUUUUUCAACUGAAAA